GGGGCUGGACUUGGGGGAUCUCAGAGGUCUUUUCCGGCCUUGAUGAUUCUGUGAUCUCUCCUCGCAGUUCACAAUGGCUUUUCAAAGGUUUUUAUUGAAGUCCCUUCUUGAUUUGAAAGCUGUCAGGUUGGCCGGUGACAGUGCACCUCUUCAGCCCCGAGGCGCAGCUCUUCUCAAAUCAACUCCGUGGCUGCUGUGCGCGGCGCCCACAUUUCCUCACAAGGGAGAUGUUCGUCUCCCAAGUUCGACCAUUUCCAUCCAGCACCCAUGUGUGACUGUUUCAGACGGCAGAUACACCCUGCGUGACCUCCUCCCGGUGCCGUGAGGGCUGGCAGGGGGUUCCUGCUGCGCUCCGUGGUGGGCAGUCACCUCCCGGGGAGGAAGAGGCGUUUUCUGAGAUAAGCCCAAGUCGCAGCUGCUGACGCUUUAAAUUGUAUUAAAAAUAGAUAAGCGUCUUCAGUAUGCUCUCGGUGAAGAGCAGCGCUCAGCACGAGAUCCCGCUUAUCCUCCAGGUGAGGAGCUUGCGGUGCCAGGAAACACAAAGGCUGAGGCUGCUCGCGCCGCUGCCCGUGUAAGCUCAUUAUCCUCUACCUCCGUGGUCAGCGUCGGUCCUCUGUCAUGAGCCGUGCAGGGAGAUUAUGCCUCGCCAGCAUCUAAUUCAGGCCGUCCCCAAAACGUGUCACAAAUUGCUGCUCUCUCGGUAGGGAGCUGCCGUUGGAGGCAGCGAUGUGUCCCUGCCCUCAGAGCAAGCGCACAAGCAGAGUUUGGCGCUCCCCGGGGAGCCGCUGACUCCUGACCCCGGCCGCACACAGCCCCCAUCAGCAGUCAGCGUCGGACUUUUAUUUUUCUUUCUGCGCUUUCCAAGCUGAUUUCCUGAGAACUCGCGGGAUCCCCCCCGUGCCGGGCCUGCCCACGGCCCUGCAGGCCUGACUGGGCCCGGGCGUCCCAGCCCUGCGCGCCCCGUGUCGUGUGUGCCGGCCACGCUCCUACCAGACUCUGUUUGCCUUGGUUAAGAGAAUGCUUUGGAUUUCAUCGCUUUAGAAACUGGUGGCUGGGAAGAUUAUGAGAUUACAGGCCCCCGGUCCUGUAAACAUUUGCACAUACUUGACGUGAUUUCAGCUGUGUGUUUCUAAUGGUAUAAGUGAAAUGGCUGAUGUGAGUAAGGCCCUGCGCGUUUAAAUGCCUGCAGGGUUGGGGCCAGAGAUACCGGCCACGUACGAGAGGAAAUGACUUGACUUGGAUUAUCUGCACUUCCAUUUUCCUAUUUUAAUGAUCGUCCAUGCAAUACAAACACGGAGCAGACGGGGGGGGGAAAGAUCAGUUUGAUAAGACUGAGCAUUUCCUUGGCUCCGCACUUUGGGGUGGGACGUCAUGUAUUAGUUAGCUAACACUGCAGCUGCGUUCCCCAGCACAACACGACGACAAAACCUGCCAUUCUCGAUUCUGCUGGGGAGAGCCCUAUUCUUCUUCUUUUUUCAUUUUUUUCCUUCUGAAGGCAAAAGGGGGCAAAAAGUUUUCAGACGUUACAACCUCAGAAGAAAAAAGGAAAGCAGAAAGACGCCAGCCCCGUUUCCUCCCCGGUGCACGUUACCAUUAACGUUACAGUAGGGCUGUACACCUGCAACCGAGACAGCCAUGGAGAAGAGUGGGAACAUUCAGCUGGAGAUUCCUGACUUCAGUAACUCGGUCCUGAGCCACCUGAAUCAGCUGCGCAUGCAGGGUCGCCUGUGUGACAUCGUGGUCAACGUGCAGGGCCAAGCUUUCCGCGCUCACAAGGUGGUGCUGGCCGCCAGCUCGCCCUACUUCCGCGACCACAUGUCCUUGAACGAAAUGAGCACGGUUUCCAUCUCUGUCAUCAAGAACCCGUCUGUUUUUGAGCAGCUCCUUUCCUUUUGCUACACCGGUCGGAUAUGUCUGCAGCUGGCCGACAUCAUAAGUUACCUAACGGCCGCCAGUUUCUUGCAGAUGCAGCACAUCAUAGACAAAUGCACGCAGAUUCUCGAGGGAAUUCAUUUCAAAAUCAACGUGGCGGAGGUGGAAGCAGAAUUGAGCCAGACCAGGACAAAGCAUCAGGAGAGACCCCCGGAGUCUCACCGGGUGACGCCAAAUCUGAACCGUUCCCUGAGCCCCCGUCACAACACCCUGAAAGGGAGCCGCCUGGGCCAGGUUAGCACAGUGCUGGACAUUCGGGAGCUCAGCCCGCCACCGGAGUCCACCAGCCCCCAGAUAAUCGAGCAGAGCUCGGACGUGGAAAGCAGGGAACCCAUCCUGCGGAUUAACAGAGCGGGACAGUGGUAUGUCGAGACGGGAGUGGGAGACCGCGGGGGACGGAACGACGAUGACGUCCGGGUGCUGGGAGGAGUGCGCAUUAAAACAGAGAACCUGGAGGAGUGGCUGGGGGCAGAGAAUCAGCCGUCGGGAGAAGAUGGCAGCAGUGCUGAGGAGGUCACCGCUAUGGUCAUCGACACCACGGGCCAUGGAUCGAUGAGCCAAGAGACUUACGCGUUAGGGUCCUCCGGGGCUAAAGUGGUCAGGCCGACCAGCAGUGAGAUUGACAGAUUUAGCCCUUCUGGCAGCAUGGUUGCUGUGACUGAGCGGUACAGAUCAAAAAGCGAGUCUCCCGGGCGGAUGGAUGAGCCCAAGCAGCCCAGUUCCCAGGGGGAGGAAUCGGCCAUGAUCGGAGUGAGCGGUUACGUGGAGUAUCUCCGGGAGCAGGAAGUGUCAGAGCGCUGGUUCCGGUACAACCCACGCCUCACCUGUAUUUACUGUGCCAAAUCCUUCAACCAGAAGGGCAGCCUGGACCGGCACAUGCGUCUGCACAUGGGCAUCACGCCUUUUGUGUGCCGCAUGUGUGGGAAGAAGUACACCCGUAAGGAUCAGCUGGAGUAUCACAUCCGCAAGCACACGGGCAACAAGCCCUUUCAUUGCCACGUCUGCGGCAAGAGCUUCCCUUUCCAGGCCAUCCUCAACCAGCACUUUCGCAAGAACCACCCGGGCUGCGUGCCUCUGGAGGGGCCUCACAGCAUCUCCCCCGAGACCACCGUCACGUCCCGGGGGCAGGCGGAGGAGGAGUCCCCCCCGCAGGAGGAAGCCGUCGCCGUGGGGGAGACGGCCCAGGGAUCCGUGUCCACUACCGGGCCAGAUUGAAGCGCGGCUGCGGAGUCUGGGGAGAAAGGACAGUCUUCCCACUCGGGCUCUGGAGUCAGCACCAGCCUCUCAGGCUGGUACUGUAAUUAGUGCAAUGCCACCACCGGACAGAAAGAAGCUCCCAAGAUGUUGCCAAAACAGGAAAAUCUCUCUCUCUCUCUCUCUUUCUCUCACACACCCACAUACACACACACACACACCCACACGCACUUAGAGUGUUAAAAGUUUUUCCCCUUUAUUCCUCCUGGGGAAAAACGAGACAACUGUGUCAAUCAACUUCUUAUUCAGGGAUCGACAGGAUUUUCGAUUUUUGUAACGUUCGAUAGUGAUCCGGGACAAUACUCAUCGUUAUUUCUCAGCAGCGUCGUGGCCCAGCAGGCGAGCCAGGCUGCUCCUCGCCAUAGGCGCUGGCGAGGGGAGAGCAGGGCAAGGGGCAGUCGCCUUUCUCCCUUUCCCAGGUAGCUGCCACGUUCAAGAAAUCAGACUGUCCUGGUGGAACCUGCCUUGCCUGGCUGUAUUUAUCCCCGUCUUAUUUUUGGUGUGUCUCUUUUUACAUUUUUACUCCAACUAUUAUUUUAGGGCUUUUGGCUUGUGUGGCCUCAGGCCCCUUGUUAAGAGAGGGCACGGCUGUCAAGCAGCGUUCUAGAGGUCGGCAAAAUCGGAAGCGCUUAGGCUACUGAAAGUGAGAUCUAGCAGCUGUGAGGUUUGCGUUACUCUAACGUGCUGGAAGAAGGUUUGGAGGGGUCUUUUGGAGAGAGGGGUCCUUGGCUUGCGCUGAUCGGGACGGGGCAGGGCGCUCUGCCUUCCGAGCGGCGCGCUGCCGUGCUUUGGAUGCUGCCGAGCUUUAGGAAGAGGUUUGUGGACUGGCUGAACUGAGGAGUUAGAGGCUGGCUACCAAAGUCGUCCUUCAGCCCAGCUCCCCCCUCGACACGCACUUGAUGUUUUAUAACAGCAAUACGGUUUACUGAAAUACUAUAAUCCCAGCCAAGCAAUCAGGGGUGGUUGCUUUUAAACUCGUUUCUACAAACUAGUUUGAUAAGUUUUUUAUCGAUGAAAUGCAAAAAGAAAACCCUACUUUAUUUCCUCGUCAGGGUUCGGGAAACUUCACGGUCCCUAGAGCAAUCACAGCUCUGUCCCCUUGCACGGACUUCGAGUUCUAAGCAGCUCUGACGUUUAGAGCAAGUUUAGCAAACCCAGAGAGACAUGCCUGCGUUGUGUGCUGUAGGUCCUUGCACGUGCUUACGUGUUUCAUAAAUGGGAAAGCACGGGACAGGUAGAGAAGUGCAAAUAUCUCGACAUCUUUUGAAGAAGUCUUCUUUAGAAAAAAUAUGCAAUACUUUAAGAGUUUUCUUUGGUUCCGAUGCCGAACUGUUUGCGAUGGAGGGGGAAACGAGCGACAGGUUGCGCAGAUUGGGUUUGGAAGAGGACGUUUGUUUGAAGGGAUUCUCUUGAGGAUGUCUAAUGUGUAUAAUAAGGAAGGAUGAGGUUGUGAUCCUUAAGAUGAUGGGAGGAACAAUGAGACGCUGAAAAAGAAACAUUCCAUCCUGCUUUCACAAAGGAAGCCGGGCAAGUGGUUACAGCGAGGGCUUGGCAGGCGGCAGGCUUCCCAAGUGCAACUGCAGCUUGUCCUGUCGUCCCGCUGUCUGACUGCACCCUCGCGGGCACGGGAACGCCCCCCGGCCCCGCUGUCCCCAGCCUGCAGAUUGGGACUCGCCAUCCUUUUCCUACCUCCUUACAGGCGAGAAGCUGGGGAAGAGGGGAGUGCUCCUACCUCACUUCUGCUUUGCGCGGGUGAGGGCUCUCGCUGUUCCUCCCGCGUCUCUCAGAAGGCAGACGUGGCUCUCAUGAAUGUUUUUUUGCGUGCGGGGGGAAGGGAAGGGCUCGGUGUACAUCAACUGUAGCGGGGAUGUGCUCCUCAGAGGAGCCUCGGCCGCUGUUGCGAGCAGGGGGAGCCUGCAAAGUACGAGUUCACCGAGCAUUUCGGAUGGGAAAACCGAUAUCUCGCCUCCAUUUUCCUUCCUCUCCUUCUUCCUCUCUCGGCAAGUGCAUCACCGCAUGGGGAGUGACUCUGAGCAGCCAGCCCAGGGGCCAGCCCCAUUCGGUUUCCUAGCAAAGGUCGAGCGGUGCGGUUGCCUGAGAGCAGCGACAAAAGAUGAGAGAUAAGAGGGUGGCUGAGGCAGGUCGCGUUGCAAUCGAGGUGUGGGAGGAGCGGAGAUACGCAGAGUAUGCUGCUUUAGUCAUAGCUUUUGAAGUUACCAAAAAUCAUUAAGAAGAAAAGUUAAAAACUUUGAAAUCCUAUCCUGUUCACACUAGAGAGCGUCGAGAGUUACUUUAGUUGCUUCAAAGAUUUUUAAGUGUUUUAAAAUAGAACUUUUAAAAGAAUACUACCAAACUAUAAAAACAUAAGAUUAUUUAUAUACAUAUAUUAUAUAUAAAUAUAGAGGGAAAGUUUCCCUGCUAAGCUUGCUGUGAAGAGAAGGGUGAAGGUGCAGUAACUGCUAUACAAGCAACGUUGGUCUGAAACGGAUGGCAACCGAUCCAUCGGCGCGUAGCGAUGAAGGGCUGACAUGGGAUGGUGAAUGCCUUACUUGUAUGGCAUAGCUGUGAGUUUCUCGGGCAGGUUUUGGGUUUUUUUUUUUUUUUUACUGUAUUGAUACUGUGAAUGGAGGAGCAUCCAGCAGCCCAGGCUGGGAUCCCGCUGGGCUGAUCCGCUACUUCUGCUUGGCCUGGUGAAAACCACGACCUUGUUCCUUCAUAUUGUUCUAGGCUAGUCUGAAAACAAAGCUUGUGAAAGGUCUUUAUUUUUUUCCUCUGGGUUGCUUUUAUUUUGUUGUGUUUCUUUUUUUUUUUAUUAUUAUUAUUUUUUUUUUAGUGCAGAGGUUGCCACUGUAUAAACGAUCAUUUCUGAUUGCAUGCAAAAGAGCCAAUAUUCUUGCCCAGGCCUCACCGAGGUGAAGUUUAUAGCUUGUAGCUAGAGUCAGUAUAAGGUAUGGUAGUGGGAAUCAUUUUAAUAUUAUUUCUGUGCAUUUAAUGGAUGUGUAUAUGUACGUAUGUGUGGAAAUCACGGUGUCUCUGACGUUUUCUCGAGCAGUGCUGAAAGCAGUCGGGGCCCAUCUGCACCGGGAGCAGGAACCGGCUCGGGAGGAGAUGCUGAUCAAACUCCUUUGGGCAAUUGACUCCUUGGUGCAGACAGGGCUGCGACUGCAGAGUAGGGGCUUGGAGGUCGCGUGCAGCGUGGCAGAAGCUGGGCUGGGCAUCCCGGCGUGGUGAUGGCGUCCUUCACCUCCGCUGGCAAAGCGCCGCGCUCCUUGCGGUGCCACCGAGGGAGCAGAUGCCGGCUUUCCAAGUACGAAUGCUUGUGGGGCGGGUCGAGGCACGGCUCUGCGUUUCCACGUCUAGCUGCAGCUUUUUUUUCCCCCUUUGCCAAAACUGUGAUUUCAACUGUGAUUCAAGGAGGAUGUGAAGCGAGGUGUCGUUUUAAUACCUCUGUAACUUAACAUUUCUGUCUGCUUCAGAGUUAGGGCUCGCUAACCCGUUUGUUUGCUUUGCCUCAGGCCGCAGCGGGGACGUCCUCUAUUUCUGCAGGCUUCUGUGUCGGAGGGAGAACGCAUUUCUUAGCGCUUUGCUGUGGCAAAGAAACCUUCCUCGUGCCAAGUGGAACGCUUCUCUCCAGCGGCCUGCAGAAAGCCCCGGUGCCAAGUGACAGCAGAGCGAAGCGCUUGGACGUCCCCUGCUGCUGCCGGCUUCCCUGUGAAUAGCUGUGAAAAUAAUGAGAAUUGUGUUAAUACUGUGCUGCUGCUUCGGGAAUAGCCGGGAGCUUUCCUCUGGGGAGGAACGGCAGGGAGAGAGACAAGCGAAACGUCUUGCUGUUCUCCUGCAACAGGAGCUUGGGACAGCAAGCAGGGCUGCCUCGUUCCAGCAGCUGGCGAGGGAUGAGCGAGGAGGGCUCAUGAAAUGGGAAUUCGUCACAGCAGGGUGACAGCACGCUUAGAGCCACGGAAUGAGAGCCAGGGACACCAGGCUGCAAAGAGCCAAUGCUGGGGCAGGUCGGUGGGGCACUCCUCAGCGCUCAUCCUGCUUACCGUGCCCGGAACAUUUUGGGGAUGGGAGAAAUCAAGGGGCUUUGAUUCAGGAAAUGUCUCUUGUUGUCUCUGGGCUUGGGCUCCGAGUUCCCCCAGGAGCUGAGCCAUAACCACGGCCGCAGCCAUAAAUCUGGGGUCUUCCACGGAGCUGACACCGCUCUGAAAUUAUCUGAGGAGUCCUGCCAUCUCUUGCCGGCUGCCUCGGUAUUGUGGCUGAAAAGCUUUCUUCUGUGAAAUACAGGGAAAGCCAGAGGAUAUAGGAGAGGCUGAACUGCGGUGACUGGGGCUCUAGUUGGAGGAGAGGUGCCUGGAGAGGAAGGCCUGGCAGCAUCUUAUGUCCGAGCAUAGGAUGGAUUGGGUUAGCUUCACUGUGCAAAUGGUGAACGCUGCCGUCGCGGGGACGGAGGCUGCGAUGAAAGCAGGGCUGUUGUGCAUGCUGGUCCCAGACGGGCACUGGAGAGCUUCCCACUGAGCCUGAUGGUACCGGAGCUCGGCCUGCUGGGGAACUGUCGCGUGGUUGCUACCAUUUCUUUGCGUCAGAUCCGACCUUGGCUUUUUUAUAGGUUGAACUACAAGAUAUCCAACUGUAACCUUCACUGACCUGUUUGACUUUUUAUCCCUAGGGACUGUAGAAAAUUCAGGUUUCAUGUAACAUUAUCCUCAUCCCAACUGUGAACACAUUACUACUGCUUCUUAUAAUUUAUUACCUUUCCGUUCCUGAACGUCUGUGCGAUCCGGCUGUUUACCAGUGCCACCUUCCAGUGCUCCAUUAGUUUUCAUGCACAGGGAAUUGUUGCAAUGGAUAAGCUGACCAUGCUAGUUGGAAGAGGAGAAGCCUUUGCAGAGUGACUUUUGCUUCCUCUAGCUGUCAUUAGGGAAUGCACACACAUACUGUAUAUACAUAUAUAUGUAUACAUAUAUAAAGUGUUUCAAUAUAAGCUCAUUUAGCAUUAUUCUUAUUUAAUUUAUAUUUUAAUCCAGUUGUAAACCAAAGUAUUACAGCUUAUGAAAUGAUGUGUCUUGGAAACAGGAGGAACCGUUUCAGGUGGGAGUUCCGAAAGAUCUGUGUUGACAGAAAUACGGAUGCCAGUAAGGUGUAAGAGUCUGUUCUGGUGAAUCUUAGGGCUGUGAAACCUUGGGCAGGUUUCAGAUUUGCUGGAUGAGGUUCGAUUGAGGGGAGGCAGGGCGAGUUACCGUUCUAACGCUCUGGUUUUUUCUCACCCAGUCUGAGCUGGUGUUGGAGGAGCUGCUCCAGGAACAGCGCAGCUGGCAGAGAGGAGGCACUUCAGCUGCCUUGGCUGGAAGAAGCACGAGGCCAUGCCUGCUAGAACGCCUCCAGGACUUCCCUGCAGGGGAACUGAGGCGUGGGCUUCCCGCCCUCCCUCGCUGUUGCAGGAUUGGGAUGAGUUUUUGCUGGGACAGGCUGUCUCAGUGCUGGCAGCGGCUCUGCCUCCAUCUCCACCAGCUUGCUGUCCCUGGCUGCAGUGUAAGGGUCGGGGCUGGGAGGUUUGCACGGAGGUGGAGGAGAGCUGCAGCCGGGUGCUGUGCUGCAGGGCUGUGGCUCGCGUGUGCUGUCACAGCAAUUACAGCCCUGGAUGGUCUUCAGGGCCUCCGAACAGCCCUGAGGUACAGAGAAAUGGUUUUGCUGAACAGAAUCGAGGCUUAAAACUUGCCGUCUUCUUCAUGGCACUUAGCUGCUUUGCGGGAAACAAGUGUGUUCUGGCAAGCCCAGAAAUAAAAAGGGGGAAGGCAGCAAAUCAGAAUGCAGUCUGCCACAACUGGGAGCUAGAGAAAGGGCACACAGAGCUGCCAGUGUGUUUAGUGUCCAACGCCCUGCCGUGGCAGACAGGCGCUCGCUGCUGCCUGAUGUCCAGAGGUGCAUUUGUUUUUCAGUAACCUCUACGGAGGGGCACGUUCUGCUGUCACCAGUGGAAAGAGGGAACAGGGUCAGAGAGAAAAUCUUGCUCAUCGUUCCGUCCGGGGGGGUAAUUGCCUUUCCAAGGAACGUACGAAUUCUGCAGCCAGCUCCACCACGAAGUCUCCUGCAGGCUCGGCAGCGGCCGUGCCUCCUCUCAGAGCCUUUUUGUAGCAGGCCGCCCUGCGUCCUCGCGCCGAGCAGCCAUGAGCUGCCCGCCCGCUGCUGCUGAUUGAAUAGGUUCCCUUCAUGCUCUCCCGCAGGACUAGUGCGUGCUCGCAGCUCGGGGCGUACACGCAGUACCAUUUUUAGCUCCUGAGUUCAGAUCUGGCAAAUAUAAAAAGCCUGUAAGCUAAUCUAUGUCUGAUUGCAGGCACUGGGUGCUGGGGCUGAGCGCAGGAGCCGUGCUGUGCCGCGUUCCUUCUACGUGAACCCCGCAGCAAAGGGCAGGGAGCAGAGAAGACAGAACCAGGCACUUCUCCGAGGCGCGCGGGCAGGAGUUAAUACACAGGACGUGCAGGUUAGCUUCUCCACCCUGAGCACAGCCAAACGUUGAGCAGAGGCCGGGAGAUCUCCCUCCUUGGAGAUGCUCAAGCCCCGAGCCAGCUGCCUGAAGCUAGCCCUGCUAAUGGGGGAGCUGGGGGCCAAAGGGCUGUCCCUCAGCGAGCCGGGGCGUCUGUCCCACCCAGGGGUCCCUGUGCUGUGCUCCAUGAAGCGAGGGGCAGAGGCUCCGACCUGCCCCUGCGUUACCGUUGCUUUUUCCUUUGCCAAUGCACAGCGCCUUGUCUGCAGCAGUCUGCGGGCAGGCCGGCUGCUCGCCGUGCCCGAGUGCAGCAGCCUGUAGUUCCUUGGGCUAAGCCAAGCUACAUUUCUGUUAGACUUGUAUUUUAGUUUGAAGAAUUAUCGUGUAACAGCGGGCAGCUGUAACAGGCUGCCUGGUUCAUAUCAGUUAAGCUUUUGAAACGUAUUCAGGUAUCGUUUAAAUACUGCUGUGUAGCUCCUCGUUUAACCUGACAUACUCUGAGUUAAUCAUGUUUCUGCAGUUGUCUACGUCAGUUCCUUAAAACAAAUCCGUGUAGUAUUUUUUUGCAGGCUGUCAGUUACGUUAAGCCUCCAACUUUACGUAGGUUUUGUAAUGUACUUAACCCCCCUCGGUUUUACAGUUAAAUGUCUUCAUUAUUUUUAUUAUUAACUGAGUGAAGCUUAUUUAUUUAAACCUUCCCGUUAUGUUUGCGGUCAGACCCAGUACCAUUGGCCACGGCCCACGAAACUGUGAAACCCAUUAUAAAGUGAGAAUGAAGCUAGAUUGGUGAGUUACUCGUGGUUAUAAAACACAGUGAGUAGCAGCAUCAAAAUAGGAUUAAAUCGCUGGGGCUGGGGGAGGGAUGGUGAAACCACAGCUGGGAAACCUCUGCGGGAGCAUCACCUGGAGCUGUUCCUGCACCGGUUCCACACUUGGCCAAGUUCAGGAGCUGUCCUGAGACAGAGAGGUUUGUCUGGGGUCCACGUACUUGUCGGCGUGUUCAAGGCACUGGUUUGGUAGGGGUGCUCUGCGAUGCUAUUCCCUCAGUGCUUACACAUCUGAGGAAACUCUGGAUUACUGUGAAGCUUUUACUUAACGCUCCGUGGCGUGGAAGUUGGUAUGUGAACAACUGCUGGCUUAACAGAGGUGAGGGCUGAGGCAGCGGCUGUGACACUAACAAAAGGGGAUGGUGCAAUUCUCUGCAGGACAGCUCUGGAUUUGGCCCAGUGCGUGCAGUCGGCCCCGUGUCACCUCUGUGGCUGCUCCCUUCCCUUUGGGUGCUCCACUGGUUGCGCCCACGUGAAGGCCAAGGGGAAGAAGGCCUGAGUGUGCCCUAUGGCUGCCCAGGGACAGGAUUUCCAUCAGCACGGGCUGAGAGCAGAUUAUGUCUCUGAUGGAGAGUCAGGGAAUUACUUUGUACACGCACAGGCACUGGGCUCGAGAGUUUGAGGGCUUCCAGAGCCGGGGUGCUGCGGUGCCGGGAGCAGUGGAGCUGGAGCCAGGGUUGGGGGGUGCAGGGGCCAUCGGGCCCCUAGCAUAAGGCAAACGCCUCCCAGCUCCCCCAGUUUCGUGCCUGGGGAAAAAGCUGUGUUGGCACAGGGCAAGUGCCAGAGAGAUAUUUGAAAGUGCAAAGGAACGCUGUCGUUAAAUAAUGCGUGCUUCUUGUGUAGGCAGAACUGCUGAUGGUGAGGACAGGCCAAGGUGGUGGAAACACAGGGACUGUUCUGAAUCAGCUCUUGUGCAAGCUGGCUGAGGGAGAGAAUCCCACACAGCUCCACGCUCCUGCGGUAACUUACUCCUCCGCCGCCGUAACACGAGGUGAAGCCCUGCUGUUGCCCAAGGAGCUCUGCCCCUCCCUUCCCCCAGCGUCACCCCCCUCUUUCCUCUACAACACUGUGAAUGACACCAGUCACUCUUGUAACGCUCCCAUUCGGCUUGCUGAGAGCACCAAGUGCUGCCCUACGCUGUCACACGGCGACGCUGGGGGAGAUGGGGCUGAGCAGGGCCAGCCGUGCCCAGCUCCGUGCGGAGGCGUUGGCACACAGCUAAUGGCGGAAGCAGCUUUGUGUGGCAAUUCGCUAAUCACGCUUGAUUUCCUAACGAACUAAACUGACAAUCAAUUCUUAAAAUACAAGAGCCUCUUAGGAGGGAAUAGUGGAGGAUGUCUUCACCGGGAGGAUUUAACCGGGAUAACUUUACUAAAGAGCACGGGAGCUUUUCCGUUCUGGUUCUGAGCAGUCACUCCAGAAAGUGGGUUGCGUAAAGCAGUGGAGUUCCAGGACAGUAACUACCUCUCUCUCGCGGAGUGCUGAGGUUGCCACACUACACGCUAUCAGCAAAGCGCUCACUUCACAUUUGUUUUCCUUUCCUCCGUGCGGUAGCAGCGCCGGGCGGCUCUGGGAGCUGUAGGCACUGGGAUUGCCCUGUGAUGCCAGCAGCAAUCCGUGAGCCCCACGCUUGGUGGCACGGCGAGGCUCCCAGGGCUACGUGCCCUGCGCUGGGAGAGAGUGAGGGCGCGAGGGUGAGGGGGGACCCGGCUCCCUCCCACCCCCAAGGGAGCAGGCAGCAGCAAAAAGCAAUAAUCUUCAAUAACAAUAACACUUUUAUAUGUCGGUCAUUACUCAGCAGGUCUGCCUCCCCGGUUUUACGUCUUGUACAAACGUACAGGGAGCAGAUCCGGCAUGUGAAAAGGUGCCAUUUUUUUUUUUUUUUAAAAAAAAAAAAAACAACCAGAAUCCCUUUCCAAAC